UCCCGUAAAUGGCACAUAUGGCCACACUAUCAACACCACAACUAUCAACGCGCGCCUUUAUUCCAUAACACCACGUUUGUGCCAAACGCUGAUGCGCAUUGGUUCGUCGUCGGUUUGGACCCUCCCGGAGCUCUUCCGGGUGUGGAUAACCCACAUUUCCUCCUGCCGACACGCAUUCCCAAGAAAACAUCCUGGAUAACGGGCCGAGCUGCGUGUGAGUGCAAACCAUCGAAUGAAACAGAGCACUGGAGGUGGAAGACAGAUAGUUCGCGAGAUACAGGAUAUGUUUGACGACCGACUGUGGGAACCGUGGAAUAUUUGAGAUGUCAGAGUGUCUUUUCCCAACACCAUUCGUCAGCCAGCUGUUGUUCACGUUUCGAGAACGCCGACCUUCUCUGUACUGACUCUUUUCAAUAAACAAGACAUUAAGCAAGCAGUUUAAAUAGGGAAACAAUAUGUGGCUAUAUACUUUGGCUAUUGCUCUUGUUGUCAUUGCGCAUGAGGUGAACGGAGAGCCACAUACGCGUCCAUCCUCAGCGACGCCGCUCAAUUCAACAUUACCCCCUCAAGAAGAAAAUUCAUCACAUAAUGAAACAGAUUCAGCGGUUGGAUCUCGUAUUUCUACUAUUUUAAGGGAUCUUCCUACCAUCAAAAGCAUUUCGAUUUUCAUCUGCGUAUUAACAGUCGUGCUAAUCACGUGCCUUGUCAUAAAAAUAUUCAGAUCGGCAAAGAAGAUCAGAAAAACUCGAAAGUAUGACAUCAUCACAACUCCUGCCGAGCAUGUAGAGAUGGCACCUUUAAAUGAAGAAAAUGAUGAAGAAGAGGACUCGACCCUGUUCGAUGUCAAGUACAGGUGAACUACAUUCUGCGCUCUGAGUCAUUGUUGAAGAUCUCUUUUAACCCCCCCCGGAUACCUCUGUGUGAACACAUCUAUACAGGAAUUGUGCUCGGCUUGAAUCUUCGGUGAAAGCAGUGGUUUGUUUGUUACAUGUUUUUUAUGUAUUAAUAUGUUUUGACAUUCCAAACCAGCUUGAAAUCUGAUGUUUUAUGAAAGCUUUUCUGUUGAAAGCACAUAAAGUUAAUCAAAGAGUGAAAACAAAUUUUUUUUUCUUUGCUCCAAAGAAGGGAGAUGCUAAAGUUAGUCCUCCACAAAUUAAUUAUUGCUUUAAUUAUUGCACAACUUUUCAUGUUUUUCCUUUUGCCCAAAAACAUUCCAGUUGUUUGGUAGAAAGUCAGUAAUUCAAUAUGAUAUAUUCAACAUUGCCCUUGAAUGUAUCAGGCAGCUUGAACAUUUA